AGCAAGAAUUAUGUGAGAUGCAUUAACAUAUUGACAGCUUGACAGCAAGAAUUAUGUGAGAUGAUGCAUUAACAUAUUGACAGCUUGACAGCAAGAAUUAUGUGAGAGUACCUCCUGGGAAAGAACAAUGCUACCAAGUGCCAAGUAUCUAAUUAUAUAUGAUCUAUUCUGGACAAUUUUUUCGCAUCGUGAAAGUAACCAUCUAUUUGGAACUGCCGGCCAAGUGAGAUGGGAUGGCCUGUAAAUGAUCGCCACCUAACGGGACAACUUCAUUGCUAAGCAUCAAAAGUCAGUCAUGGAGGAUAUUCAUGUUUAGAAGCGACUUGGUAGUAGUAGAAACUUCGCGGAAAUGCCAGGGUUCCCAUCAGGAUUACGUAGAUAACUCACAGUUAUACUUGCUAAAAAAUGAGCGGAAGCUGAUGAAGCUAUCAUUUCUUAUAGAAAAAUCCCUGACUAGAGAAGAUAAUAAGACGAUUAAUUAAGUUCUACAUAAUCAAUGACAAAAUAUAGAAUGUAUUGGUAUUAUCUCCACGCCAGCAAACAUUCAUGCAACAUGUUUUAUUUUCGUUUUAACCAACCAGUUGGUCUAUCCACGCCUUUUGAAGUAUGCAGGACUCAAUUUUCUGCCACCAAAAUACAAUAAAGUUAUUAUCAGUUUGGUUUUCCUUUUCUGUAAACUGGAAUGGCUACUACAAGGGUUAACCGAUGUUUCCUAAAUGGAACAGGAUAUUUUUUUUAAUUGGGAAACACUUGGGACCCGAAGUCAGACAUUGACUUGAUGAUGCGCUCACUGCUGCUAGAUACAAUCAGACAAUAACCAAAUCCAAGGCCACUCUUUAAAACCAUCACCAGUCUACUCUCCCAUUUGGGCCUUCUAAAACUGACACUACCUGGGAAAGACCAAGGCAGAACAAGGACUAGGAUGACAAUCAUAUCGAUGCCACGGAGCUGAAGAAAAGUGGUCCAGCACAUUUAGGGUCUGUGUAGGGAGUAAGAAAGAUGGAUGAAGAAGAGGUUCAUAUCGCGAUCGGGAAGAAUUUCAGAAAGGAGAAAGCUAACAUACUAUGGGCUGCUGCAAAUUUCCCAAGGGCUACCAUAGUUCUUAUCCACGUUCAUUGGCCAUCCAAGUGGAUGCCCUUCAUGGGUGGAAAGCUGCUAUACAAGUUUGCAGAUGAAAAGGAGAAGGAGAUGCAUAGAGGUAGAGAAACGGAGGCAAUGGUCAAGAUGCUAUCACAAUAUAAAAGCCUAUGUGAUGAUACAAGAGAGGUUAGGGCACAUUACCUUACACAUGAUGACAUUCUUACUGGUGUUGUAAACCUGGUAAAGAAGCUCAAAGUCAAGAGAAUUGUCAUCGGGUCAAGGAACAUGUCAAAGAAAGCGGUUCUUCGUAAAUGCUCUCAGGUUUGGGUGGUGAUUAAUGGCAAAUAUCUGUCCACUAGCAAUGAUCAUCUGGAGCAUACUGGAGGCACUGGAUAUGGAGGGAGCUCUGAGUUUUUGCCAUCUAUGCAUGAGCUGAGCGACGAAUCUGAUGGCUAUGCAACACCACCAAGUGAUUUUUAUGUAUCAUUUCAGGAAGACGAUGUCGUGGAUGAGGAUGGGGUGAUUCCAAUGGAUGGUGAUGAACAAUUGGAAAAGUAUGAUGUGCAGGAAGCUGAACAAGGCAUUUUGGAAAUAAAUGCUUCUGAGUUAGUGGGCAAAAUUUCUGGUGAUGACAUACGGAAUUCCAGAAAUAUGAGUGAAGAGUCUGAAAAAUUGAUGGAGGAAAUGGAAAAACUACAAAGGAAAUUGAAAGAGCUGCAAGAUGAGGGGUAUAAUUAUGAAGAAAGCAUCUUGUCGCCAAGAAGAAAGAAUGUAUUGUUGAAGGAGAAAACGUUACCAAAACAAAGAUACCCAGAGCUGCAAAUCCCAGAACAUAUUGUGCAGUACUCCAUGUCGCAUAUUGGGAAAGCGACCAAUAACUUCUACUCAAGAAACCUCAUAGGGGAAGGAGGCUAUGGCCUAGUGUACAAAGGAAAACUAGGUGGUAUGCCAGUGGCUAUCAAGCUGUUGAGACCCCAUGGUAAACACCAUGGUAGACAAGGUUUUCCAGAGUAUCAGCAGGAGGUCGUUGUGCUGAGCAGAGUCAAGCACCCACACAUCGUGAAGCUGAUCGGCGUGUGCCCGGAAUCAUGCGGCCUCGUCUACGAGUACCUCCCCAACGGCACACUCAUGGACGGGCUCUCCAAGGGGCUUCCAUGGAAGGACCGUAUCAGGAUCCUCAGCGAACAGCGUUCCGCGCUGGCGCACCUCCACUCGAGCCGACCCCAUGCCAUCAUCCACGCGGACCUGAAGCUGACGAACAUCCUCCUCGAUGCCGGGAACGUGAGCCGGCUAGGAGACUUCGGGACGGCGCGCGUAGUGCAGAUGAAGCCGCUGGAGGAGGACACCAUCUGCCGGCGGACGAACCCGAUGGGCACGAUGGGGUACAUGGACCCCGUCUUCUUCACGACAGGCGAGCUCACUGCAGAGUCGGACGUCUACGCGUUCGGCGUGGUGAUCCUGCAGGUCCUCACGGGGCUGCUCGACCUCAACAUCGUCGAGCAGGUGCAGGAGGCGAUGAAGAUGGACGCCGUGCACGGCCUGCUGGACGCCUCCGCUGGCACCUGGCCAGAGGUGCAGGCGGAGCGGCUCAUGCGACUGGCGCUGAGGUGCUGCAACCUGGAGCGGAACCGGCGGCCAGCUGCCACCUCUGACGCCGACUGGCGAUCGCUGGACAUCCUGCGGACCAUGGCGACUGCAAGUAAAUCCCGGAAAUGGAGUCAUGCAAACUGAAGAACCAUGCCAGCAGCACCACCGUGCAUCGACGAAAUGCCAACAGAAGAUAAUGGGUCUGGUUUGUGAAUCUAAACUGCAUUUGCGUUUAGUUUGUGAUGCCAUAGCAUUUCUCUUGUGAAUGUGCAUUCUUAAACUAGUUAGAACAUAAUGUACGAUAGGACAGAACAGUGCAUCCCUCCCAUUGCAAACUUUUUUUAUCAUGUCAAUGGAGUGGUAAACAAUAGUUAAAUGUGUGUGGAAAUUUCGGGAAGCGCAGUCCAAACAUCUCAGGAUCCAAUGACCGCA